GGCCUACCUGGUGGUGUUCAGAGAUAGUCUGUUGAGAAUUAACGUAGGCCCCCUGAAGAUACAGUUUGACAGAAUGGACAUAGAUGUCAAGCUACCUCAGAAGAAAUUCUACCGACAGAGAGCCCAUUCUAAUCCCAUAGCUGAUCACAGUUUUGAUUACCCUGUCCGUCCCAGUGAUUAUGACUGGUCAAAGUUAUAUCCAGAUUACUUCAAACCAAAGACAACAGAAAGCAGGCAUGAUGACAACAAGGAUAUAACAGAAUCUUCUCAACCAACAGCUCAAGUAGAAUUUGCAGACAUAGGAUGUGGCUAUGGUGGUUUGUUAGUGGAGUUGUCUCCCCUCUUCCCAGAAACACUGAUGUUAGGAAUGGAGAUUCGUGUAAAGGUGUCCGAUUAUGUGAGAGACAGAGUAAUAGCUCUCAGGAAGAAGAGUCCUGGAAAAUAUCAAAACAUUGCCUGUUUACGCACAAACGCUAUGAAAUAUCUGCCAAACUUCUUCUGUAAAGGACAGCUGACAAAGAUGUUUUUCCUGUUUCCUGAUCCACAUUUUAAGAAAACUAAACACAAGUGGAGGAUAAUCAGUAGAACAUUACUGGCCGAGUAUGCAUAUGUCCUGCGCAUUGGGGGUAUUGUGUACACAACAACUGAUGUGAAGGAGCUGCAUGAUUGGAUGGUGACACAUUUCACAGAGUUCCCGUUGUUCCGGCAAAUGACAGAACAGGAAAUGAAAGCUGAUAUUGUGUGUGACAAGUUGAUCAAUAGCACAGAAGAGGGGCAAAAAGUGACAAGAAACAAGGGCGAGAAAUUCCUGGCUGUCUUCCAACGCAUUGCUGAUCCAAUAACAUCAUGACCUUGUGAUUGGACUGCUGAUCAAGACUCCGUUCCCAUGUGCCUGGGUUCCUUAAGCCAGGACAGUUUGGUAGAACUCUGAGUUC